GUCAGGAAGGCGGUGAAAGAGGCGAAGCAGCGCUACGGGAGGAAACUAGAGUCACAACUCCAACAGAGUGACUCUAGGAGCCUGUGGCAGGGAUUAAGGCCAAUAACGGAUUAUAAAGCACCAACAUCCGGUAUGAUAAAUGCAGACGUGCUGAACACUUUCUAUGCUCGCUUCGAGGCUGCAGCUAAAGACGCUAGCGAUGCUAAUGCUAACGGCUGCAGACAGGAAGUCACUGCCAGCACCGGAAGCGCGUUCAUCAUCACCGAGCAUGACGUGAGGAGAGCCUUCAAGAGAGUGAACACCAGGAAAGCAGCAGGACCAGACGGCACCUCAGGCCGCAUUCUCAGAGCCUGCGCAGACCAGCUAGCACCUGUGUUCACUGAGAUAUUCAACAUCUCUUUAUCUCAGUCGGUGAUCCCCACAUGCUUCAAAGAGUCCAUCAUUGUUUCUGUCCCAAAGAAACCUCAUCCUGCUUCCCUCAAUGACUAUCGCCCUGUAGCCCUCACCUCAGUAGUGAUGAAGUGCUUUGAACGCCUGGUCAGAGACUUCAUCAUCUCUUCACUACCAGACACACUCGACCCACUACAGUUCGCUUAUCGUCCAAACCGUUCCACGGACGAUGCAAUCUCUCAUCUCCUCCAUACAUCUCUCACUCACCUGGACACUCGGAGGGGGAAUUAUGUGAAAAUGCUCUUCAUCGACUACAGUUCUGCAUUUAAUACCAUAAUUUCCUCCACACUUACCACCAAGCUGGAGCACCUGGGACUCAGCUCAUCAAUGUGUCAGUGGAUCUCCAAUUUUCUGACUGGCAGACCACAGGCAGUAUAUGGCGUUAUAUUCCUGCCACAAUUCUGAGCGCGUGGUUUGACAUUUUGAGAGCAGACAAAGCACUCUAUGCGCGUGCAAUGUCUCCUCUGCGCUCUCAACAGCUCGAUUCUGCGUGUGCAAUGUCUCCCCUGCACGCUCAACAUGUUCUCUGCUCGCUCAAAAUUUUCUCCGCGCACGCGCGACUUCACGAUUCUGCGCGCACUCGACUCUGGCUGCACGCGCGUGCAACAUUUCUUUUCUGUGCGCGCUCGACUCUGCCUGUACGCUCGCUCAACUUUGUCCAGCGUUACUAAACUGCCACAAAACCAGCCAAUCACAGACAUCCACACACUACUUCUGAUUGGCUGUUUCUCCUCCAAUCAAGUGGCACUACUAUCGACCGCUUAACGGAAGCGUUGUAAAUAAAGCUGGAUAAGUAAAGCGAGCGAGUAGAAUUUUUAUACGACGUGUCUUCGCUCAUUGUUACACAAUGACGACUGAACCCGAACAGGAGUAUGCAACAACACCAAGGCCGCAUGACAUUUUGAGACAGCAGUUAAUGCAGAGGCUUCUUACCAAACUGCAAUCUGCAAUUAACCAACAGCCACUAAAUAUGGAUUAUUUGGAGUUUCUGACUCGUCACGAGCUUAUUAUUUAUGAAUCGUUCUCUGAUCAGAUAGGUGGUCUGUCAGAGAUUACAGAAGCACUUCAAAAUCUAUAUCAUUUGGUCCUGUGUGAAAUUAAUGCCAGCUCUGGACCCAUUGUAGAACACCAAACAGAAGUUGGUCCUGGUUCUGGUCAUCCCAAAAUUGUGAUAGAGAGAGAGAAACUGAAGAAUUUGUUGGACAUGCAUCUGCCAGUCCCCUGCAUUGCUAAAUGUCUAGGUGUUUCAGAAAGAACAGUUUACAGGAGGAUGCAAGAAUUUGACUUGUCUGUGAGAGGAUCAUACAGCACAAUCACUGACCAAGAGCUAGACAACAUCAUACUCUCUAUCAAAAGUCAGAUGCCAAAUGCUGGUUAUCGAAUGGUUAAAGGACAUUUGGUUACAAUGGGUCUCCGUGUUCAGUGGUGGAGAAUGAUGGCCUCAAUGCACAGAGUUGAUGCUGCUGGCAUCUUCUCACGUUUGUCCGAAUUAGGUUGUAUUGUACGGAGAAGUUAUUCUGUGCGAGGCCCUCUCUCCCUGGUCCACAUCGACACAAACCACAAACUAAUAAGGUACAACAUUGUGGUUUUCAGUGGUGUGGAUGGCUACUCAAGGAAGAUCUUGUACUUGGAUGCUGCAACAAACAACAAAGCAGAAACAGCAUUUUCAUUCUUCCUGAGAUCAACUCAGCUGCAUGGCUUACCAUCAAGGGUUAGGGGAGAUCAAGGAGUUGAAAAUCUGGACAUUGCACAAUUCAUGUUUACUACAAGGGGAACAGGAAAAGCGAGCUUCAUCUCUGGAAAGAGUGUCCAUAAUCAGAGGCAGAUUUUGACACAUUUGUUGGAGGAUGGAAUAAUCAUCCUCUACGAACGGAGGGAGGUCUCACUCCAGAGCAGCUGUGGUGUAUGGGACAUCUACAAGAUCUGGAUGAGGGAGAGAGCCUUGAGGAACUUCAAGACCCCGGUAUUGACUGGGAGAGUGCUGUACUGCAAGAAGUCUCUAACGGCACAGUUGUGGUUCCUGAAAUUGAGUGCCCACUGGAUAAGCAAACCCUGCAAGAACUUCAGAGAACUGUCAAUCCUCUGGAACCAUAUCAGUCACAUCGGCGGGACUUGUACAUACGAUUUCUGCACAACGUGUCAAACUAAUGAUGACAUUUUAAAUUGAAAAACAAAACUAGUCAGAAAUAUCUCAAAUAUGAACAUUUACUCAAGAUACCAGUAGGCAAGAUUUUUAUUUUUAUUUUUUUAAUAAUUAAUGCAGGCACUUGGGGGCAUUUACUGACAAUGCACAAUUGUGCUACUUGUAACAAACAGAGGAGUUCUGUACAUAAUUUCACCACAAUGCUGUUUAAACUGUAUGAUUGAACCCAUGUGGAAAUAAACAAACUAAAGUGAACCUAUUGCAACAGCUGAUGUUUAAAACAAUAAAUGAGAUGGUCUUAAACUCUGUAGAAUCCACCUCCAUAUCUAACUGCUUCACAUAUUAUUUUUUUAAACUCUGUGUAAGUUUUUAUAUGCUGUACUGAAAAAGUCACAGUACGUGUGCACGCACUCAC